AUGGGAGCUGGCGCCAGUGCUGAGGAGAAACACUCAAGAGAGUUAGAGAAGAAGCUCAAGGAAGAUGCGGAAAAAGAUGCCCGAACAGUCAAGCUGCUUCUGCUUGGUGCCGGUGAGUCAGGGAAGAGCACCAUUGUCAAACAGAUGAAAAUUAUCCAUAAGGAUGGUUAUUCACUGGAGGAAUGCCUGGAGUUCAUCGUUAUUAUCUACAGUAACACCUUGCAGUCCAUUAUGGCCAUUGUGAAAGCUAUGACAACGUUGAAUAUCCAGUUUGGAGAUACAGCAAGACAGGAUGAUGCCCGAAGACUGAUGCACCUCGCAGACACCAUUGAAGAGGGCACCAUGCCAAAAGAGAUGUCGGACAUAAUCAGCCGCCUCUGGAAAGACUCUGGUAUACAAGUCUGCUUUGACAGAGCCUCAGAGUAUCAGUUGAAUGAUUCUGCUGGAUACUACCUAAAUGACUUAGACAGGCUUGUCACUCCUGGCUAUGUCCCUACCGAACAGGACGUGCUACGGUCACGAGUAAAGACCACCGGUAUUAUUGAGACUCAGUUCUCCUUCAAGGAUCUAAAUUUCAGGAUGUUUGAUGUGGGGGGCCAGCGUUCUGAAAGAAAAAAGUGGAUCCACUGCUUUGAAGGGGUUACCUGCAUCAUCUUCAUCGCUGCUCUGAGUGCUUAUGAUAUGGUGUUGGUGGAGGAUGAUGAAGUUAAUCGCAUGCACGAGAGUCUUCACCUUUUUAACAGUAUCUGUAAUCAUCGCUAUUUUGCUACUACAUCUAUUGUACUCUUCCUCAACAAGAAAGAUGUGUUCACAGAGAAGAUUAAAAAAGCCCACUUAAGCAUCUGUUUUCCAGAUUAUGAUGGACCCAACACCUAUGAAGAUGCUGGCAACUACAUCAAACAACAGUUCUUGGAACUGAACAUGCGGCGGGAUGUGAAAGAAAUCUACUCUCAUAUGACUUGUGCCACAGACACAGAGAACGUGAAGUUUGUGUUUGAUGCCGUCACUGACAUUAUCAUAAAGGAGAACCUGAAAGACUGCGGUCUCUUUUAA